CUGAUAGAGUAGAGUAGGAGCCAAGAGGGCAUGUAUAUAUAUAUAUACGUAUGUGGGCACAACAACAACGUACGUGUUCUUUCUCAGUGAAGCCGUGUCGACUAAUACUUUGUUAUUGUUACUACCUCAACCUCAUCAUAAACCAUAGCUACUUAUUUAAUUAUUUAAUUUAAUGUCGACUAUAUUGUAUUAUUUUAUUUAUUAUUAUAUUCCGUGUGAAGGAACGCGACAAUAACGCGGUUGGUAUGUAUUAAGUUUUCUCUAUAUAUCUCUUCUAUCCUUUCUAUGAUUGUAUCCACUCUUCAUUCAUAAUCAUUCAUAUCUUCUCUCUUUUCAUACUAAGACCAUACUUCAUAAUCUCUUUCAAAGAUGGUUUGCAUGGUAUCUCGAUCUGGAAGGGAGUUGCAGAGAUACAACAAUAUGGGUGGCAGACAAGUUGUAGGAUGCAUACCUUAUAGAUAUAAACAAGACAUAGAUGGUAAUAAAAGCAAGGAGUUGGAAGUACUAAUGGUUAGUUCACAGAAAACUCAAAGGUUAAUGUUUCCAAAGGGAGGAUGGGAACUUGAUGAAUCUCUUGAACAAGCAGCUUGUAGGGAAUCUCUUGAAGAAGCAGGUGUUAUAGGAUUAGUUGAGUGUGAAUUGGGACAGUGGAAUUUCAUUAGCAAGAGACAUGGAAUAUACUAUGAAGGGUAUAUGUUCCCUUUGUUUGUGAAGGAGCAACUUGAUUAUUGGCCUGAGAUAAAUCUUAGGACAAGAGUAUGGAUGACUGUUGGUGAAGCUAGAGAAGUUUGUCAACAUUGGUGGAUGAAGGAAGCAUUAGAUAUAUUGGUUCAAAGACUAGUUUCUUCACAACAACAACAAUAAAAGAUGUAGCAUUGAUGAUUGUUUAUUUUUUGAAAAAUAAUAUGAAGUUUACAAUUUAAAUCUGAAAUCAAGAAUCAGUUAAUAUUUUGUUUUUUUAAGUUGAAGAUUUUAGAAAGGAUUGAUUAGGGAGAGUCACAAAAUUGUAGAGAAAGAGUUCACAUUCUUUUAUACACCUAUCAUACAUAAAGGAUAGUAGAUAUCGGUUAGAAGCGUAAGUAUACACAAUUAAAUUAGUGUUAAAUAAUAAAAAAAUAUCAAUUUUAUGAAUAUUGUACUUGAUU